AUUAGUGCAACCACGAGCAUUUGACGCUCAGUCUGCAGCACCCAGCUUGCCAGCAGAGCAAGCAUCAUGUAACAACAGCCCAAGGGUCAGGAUAUCCAUCCAUGGUUAGGUGGCAAAUCUCCACAUUCCUGCUCUGCCUGAACAACAAACUCAGUCCAGCCUUGUAGAGCCUUGGUACAGGCUCCACAUGCCAAGGAAUUAACUGGGAUGAGUUUAGGAGCACUUCCACAAUACUCCUUAGCAGGAAGACCUAAAUUCUGCUCUUCCAGAGUCCAAGUGAAUACCUUGACCAAGAGGCUGAUUUCUUUCUACCCAAAUGAUAUCUAAUUAUAAAAUUGGUAUCUUGCCAACAGUGAACUACAGCUAAAACUACUGGAACUGUAAAUGUCAAAGAAGACAAAAAAAAGGACAGCAAAGGAGAAAGAUGGUCACCAGCAACAGCAGAGCUGCAAAACAGCCUCACCACCAAUUCUGCAGUGGGAAUCAGAUCAUUGCAAGAAAUGGUGACUCUUGCUAUUUAUCUGCUGGUCAUCUUGGCUCGAGCACUUGGGGGGCCUUGCAGCCCAAAUAAAGCAGAUGUAAUUCUGGUAUACUGCUAUCCUAAAACCAUCAUUACCAGAAUUCCAGAGUGUCCUUAUGGAUGGGAGGUUAAUCAGCUGGCACUCGGAGGCAUCUGCUACAAUGGGAUCCAUGAUUCAGGAUAUUACCAAUUCACAAUCCCAGACCUGUCACCUAAAAACAAAUCAUAUUGUGGGACACAGUCAGAGUUCAAGAAUCCUGUGUAUCACUUCUAUAACUCCAUCGUCUCCAACGACUCCUCGGUGAUUGUGAAGAGCCAGCCUGUGAAUUACUCAUUCACCUGCACGUACAAUGCCAACUACCUGGUGAACCAGGCUGCCUUUGACCAAAGGGUGGCCACUGUCCACGUGAAGAACGGGAGCUCCGGCUCGUUUGAAAGCCAGCUGUCCCUCAACUUCUACUCUAAUGCCAAGUUCUCAAGUAUAAAGGAAGCCCCCUUCGUUGUUGAAACAUCAGAAAUCGGUUCUGACAUAUUUGCUGGAGUGGAAGCCAAGGGCUUAAGUGACAGAUUUAAAGUUGUUCUCAACAACUGCUGGGCAACUCCCUCCUCAGAGUAUUUCUACCAGAUCCACUGGCCUUUGAUCACCAAGGGGUGUGCCACGGACUACUCCAUCCUCGUGCACGAGAACGGGAAGACGAACCGGGCCACGUUCCAGUUCAACGCCUUCCGCUUCCGCAACAUCCCCAAGCUGUCCAAGGUGUGGCUGCACUGCGAGACGCACGUCUGCGACAGUGAGAAGUUCUCCUGCCCCGUGACCUGUGACAAACGCAAGCAGCGCGCGGAGCAGACCGGAGGUGUUUUGGUGGCGGAGAUCACCGUGCGCAGCAAAGGUUUAUCCAGAUUUUACACACUCUCAGAUAUCACCUUCCACCUACUCUUUGUGAUUGGAUUUUGUGCUGUUUUAUUAUAAAUACAGCCCAGCUGUACUUCGUAACUUUACCGAAUCCUGUUUGGACCCGGACUUCUUUACUGAAGAUGUUUAUUUUACAGAGGGAAAAGGAAAGCCACCAAAAAAAAAAAAAAAAAUCCUUGUGCACCAUUUUACCAGAUAAAUAAAACAUUUUAUGAACUUUGUGCCUUAAAUACUGGAAAAUCCCAAAGCAGAUUUGCUUCUCCCAAGUCUCUCUGCUGGCAUUUUAAACUAGUGAAAACCUUGGUUUAUGUAUCCUGCCAACAGCACCUUUUAAAAACCUGUGAUGGCACUAGGACUUGUUUCUACAGAGAAUAUAGAGAUGUGCAAACUCACCAUUUUUCA